GGGGGGCAAACCUCUUUUUGGAACUAACUCAUGAAGAACAAGGGAGGAAAGCCGAAACUCAAGAGGAAAGGAGCCACGAGCGUAUUUGGCUGUGAUCUGACGGAAUAUCUGGAGAGCUCUGGACAAGAUGUUCCCCCAGUUCUGAAGAGCUGUGCCCUGUUCAUAGAGACGCACGGAAUCGUGGACGGAAUCUACCGACUUUCUGGAGUGACCUCCAACAUUCAGAAGCUGAGGCAAGAGUUUGCUUCCGACCAGUGCCCAGACCUGACAAGGGAAAUUUACCUGCAGGACAUUCACUGUGUGGGGUCACUGUGCAAGUUAUACUUCCGGGAGCUGCCCAAUCCCCUCCUCACUUAUGAACUUUACAAGAAAUUCACGGAGGCAGUUUCAAGCUUCCCAGAGGAAGAGCAAUUGGUCCAAAUUCAGAAUGCUAUCCAGGAACUUCCGCCGUCUCAUUACAGGACACUGGAAUACCUGAUCAAGCACUUGACUCAUCUAGCAUCCUUCAGCAGCAUGACCAACAUGCACGCCAGGAAUUUGGCCUUGGUGUGGGCCCCUAACCUGCUCAGGUCAAAGGAAAUUGAGGCUGUGGGGUGCAAUGGAGAUGCAGCAUUUCUGGAGGUGCGGGUCCAGCAGUUGGUGAUUGAGUUUAUUUUGAACCACAUGGAUGAAAUCUUUAAUGACCAUGUCUCUGACAGACCAAAAGAGACUGAGGAGAAUAAGCCCAUUGUGAAGAGCAUGACGCUGCCUUCCGCCUCUCUUCCCAUGAAGCUGGUGAGCCUGGAAGAAGCUCAGGCUCGAAGCCUGUCAGCUUGCCACCCUGCCCGCAAGGAGAGGAGGGAGAACAGUUUGCCAGAGAUUGUCCCGGUCACAGGCUCUUUCUUUCACACCGUACUUGACCUACCAGAUGGCAAGAGAAAAUUAUCCACAAAAUCCAAGAAAUGGAAGUCUAUAUUCAACCUGGGUCGGUCCGGAUCAGAAUCCAAAUCAAAACUGAGCCGAAAUGGGAGUGUGUUUGUGCGAGGGCAGAAGCUCUCGGAAAAAGCAACUAUUCGGCCAGCCAAAAGCAUGGACUCGCUGUGUUCGAUUCCAGUAGAAGGAGAUGCCGAGAAAGGCCGCUUCAAGCGUGCCGCCGCUGCGGGAGGGUUUUUCGUUCCAGCGACGAAGCCACAGAUGGGAGGGCCAGGUGGCUCCUCUGAUCUCAACAGGCUGGAGAGUGAGCGGGGUCCACCAGCAGCCGUGAAAGGGGCAGAAGGGGGUGCAGAGGAUGGCGGAGACAAAGAUGCUUCUCAGCCAACCCAAAUCAGGCCCCUCCCUGAGCAGCUGAAAGUGUUCCGGCCCAUAGAAGACCUGGAGGGUGAGCAGACCUCGCCAAAGAUGUACCGAAUGUUUUACACUUCCAAUGACGGGGCUACCAAACCAGGAUUCCAUGGGACUCUCUUCCCCCUGGAGGCUUCCCCCCGGCACCAGCGCAAAGCCUUGAAUAUCUCGGAGCCCUUUGCUGUCUCGGUGCCCCUUCGAGUGUCCGCUGUCAUCAGUAUCAACAGUACCCCCUGCCGCACACCUGCGAAGGAAAAGGCUGUCCUCUCCAGUCUACAAGAAUCAUCUUUCUUGGGGUUAGAUGGUGCCCUUUCUACAGCCCUAGAAGGAGCUAAGCCAGAACAUGCCACAGUCAAGGCGGAAAAGAAGGUGGAGUCCAAAGCAGGAGCAGAUGCUACUGCUGAAAAAAUAACAACAGCUAAGAAGCCUGAGUCCUUAGGUGUUCUUCGACCAGCUGCCACAAUCCAGGAAGCCAAGAGCAGUGUCAAGAACUCAGCUUUAGGAGAGCAACAUAGCCAGGAACAGAAACCCCAAACAGAUGGAGAUGAAGCCAUUCGGCUCAAGUUGAAGAACAGCCCAGGAACAGGCUCUUGGCAGCAGGAAGGGCCAAGCAGUCGAGCCGAGGACUCCUCACUCCUAAGUGAGCAGGUUGAUGGCAAUCAUUCCAAUGCUGUAAUGGAACCAUUGUGGCCAGAAAUACAACAGGAACUGAAAAUUGUUGAGUCUGAAGAGGAGGCAUCAUUCCCACUGACACUUGCUCCAGAGACAGCCCAGAAACAGCAAGAGUUUAAACCCAGUCCUGCAUCCCUUUCAUCCCCAGAAGCAAACAGUUUACCACGUAGUUUGGUGCUACCUCCAACACCAUCCAAAGAGAACCCAGUCAGAACCCUACCAGCUGUACUUCACAUUCCUUUGUUUGGUGCCUCUUCUAAAGGAUCGAUAGAGUCACCUGCCUGCGGCCCCAAGCUGCUCAGCAAACAGGAUGGUGCUUCUUCCAUUUUACUAGAACUGGAAAAUAUCCCACAUGAACUAUCUUGUCCGAAGGAAUGUCUGGAGAUGGCAGAGACCAGGAAUGACCUUCCAUCUCAGCUUCAAGACUGGAAGCUUUCAUUAGAACUAAAAGAGAACAUAACUCUUUCAAAAGGUAAGUCAUCACAUCUCAAAGAAAAGCAUGUAGACCAAUUAAAGUGGGAAAAUAACACUGUGUUACAUCAAAGACAGAAGGAAGGUGCAGCUGUAACUCAGGCAGAAAAAACUGAUAAAACAUUUUCAGAUCAAAGGGGUCUGGCAUGUUUAAGUAGCAUUGGAGCCCACCAGCUCAGAGAGGGCAUUAUGAAUGAUCAAGCCCAAGACUUUCUGGACCAGCAAGACGACGACACAUGGACAGACCAUGUGCAAAGCUUAGAGCUGGUUGAGCCAUGGGAAGAUCACCAUUGGGUCACUAGUCCUCUCCAUUCCCCCACCUUCAAGGACACCCAAGGAGAGACACUUCAUGAGUUUCAGACACCAUGCCAAGGAAUGGGCAGGGCCCACUUCAAGAAGCCUUGUUUCAGCCGUAGCUUUUCCUUAGACAGUAAGGACUCUGUGAGGAGGCACUGGGCUAUCCCGCUGCCUUUCACAAGUACAGACAAGGAGCAUCUUCAUGAGGACUUCCUAUCAGGGAUCAAGGAGCCCUCACAAGCACUGUGGAGAGGGAGUGACAGAGUAGAAGCUUGGCUGAAUCUUUCAGAGGAACCUUCCAAACCAGAUGAAUCAAGCAGGAAACCUCUGAGCCGUGAAGCAGGGCUCGCAGCUAAAGAACUGCCGUCUGAAUGUGAGGGACUGUGCCCUGUCACCCGUAAGCUCUUGGAGGAGAAGGAAACAUAUGAGGACAAGGAAAACCAGGAAGUCUUAAAGCCUGAGUCUCCUUCACUGCCGUUUAAUUCCGAAGAGAGCUUAAGUUCAAGCAGUCCAGAAAAAGGUGCAUCUAGAGUUCAGGAGGGUAGCAGCACUGCCACUGCUGUCGUCAAAGAUCUAUGCUGUGCCAAAGAAUCACAGAGCGGUAAAAACGAAGGCAUCCCGCAGAAAGGGAAAACAAGGCCCACUUCUCUAAAUCUGGAAUCUGUCCUUCCAGCUGCCAACUUUUUAAACUUUGAGAGUCUUUCUGUGCCCACUCCAUCCGGGAACAUGGUCUGUGGGCCAAAAGAGAUUAGGGGCAGUGAUUCUGUCCCAUCGUUACCUGUUGCCUGCCCAAACAGGGAUAAAGCAGACCUUUGGGCUUCUCGUUUUGAUCACCAAGACCUAGACCUAGACUACAUCAUGAUGGCUCAUGCUGUUACAGGGCGCCGUAACUCGGCACCAGUGAGUGUCUCAGCUGUGAGGACAUCUUUCAUGGUGAAGAUGUGCCAGGCGAGAGCCGUGCCGGUGAUACCACCCAAGAUUCAGUACACUCAGGUCCCCCAGCCUCUGCAGACACAGAACCCCAACUUCAGGGGUCAAGAAAACAAGGAAGCAGAAGCCAACCUAGGCCAACGCAAGCCAACUCAAACUUCUCAGGGUCAGCGGCAGCCCCCCAAGAGUCCACAGGGAGACAGGAAAGGGAAAGAAAAUAACAGUGCAACCCUUAUGGAUUCAGCAGCAACUGGAAAGGUAGAACCAUCCCUCUCCAAUCAUAAUUCCACACAGGAUAUACCCGUUCUUCGCCGAAAGCGUACUUCUGAAGGAGAGACCAGAGCGGACAACCCGCAGUGCUCAAAAAUGGAGAGACCAUCGGGGGUUUCCAAGCCUUCAUACAGAUCUAGGCCGGGGAGACCUCAGAGCCUUAUCCUAUUCAGUCCUCCCUUUCCCAUCAUGGACCAUCCGUCUUCCUCUGCAGACUCCAGGGUGUUACUUUCUCCCAUAAGAAGCCCCUCACAAACUACGUCUCCAGGUCUUGUUUCUGAUGAUUUGUCAGGGACAACCCCGGAGGGGGUCACUCUUCGGAACAAGAUGACCAUUCCAAAAAAUGGCCAGAGACUAGAGACUUCCACAAGCUGUUUUUACCAGCCCCAGAGGAGGUCGGUGAUUCUGGAUGGGAGAAGUGGGAGGCAGAUAGAAUGAUGCCCACUUCCCAUGACUUCUCUUCCCUGGUGGAUGAGAUGGGAAUGGUCACACUGAGAACUAG